CUGUUUCUCAUCUGAUUCUUAUCUGACCAGGGACAGCCAGAGGGAUUAGAAACCCUGAAGGAUUUGACUUCCAGAAACAUGACCUGUGGACUCCAUCUCAGCACUCUCCUGGUGCUGCUCUGUCUCCUCCAUGGCUCUGAGGAGACCUGUCCAUCCAUGUGCCUCUGUGUAUCUGACACAGUGAGCUGUAGCUCCAGUGGUCUUGCCAAGGUACCUCUGUCCCUGCCCUCCUUCUCUGUCACCCUGGACCUCAGCCACAACCAUCUGUCCUGGCUGGGUCCGGGCAGUUUCAACAAAAUUCCCAGACUGGAAAACCUAAGAAUGGCCCACAACCAACUCAGCUCCCUCGGUCAUGGGGUGUUUCACAACGCCUCUCGCCUCAGGUUCCUUGACUUGUCCUCCAACAAGCUACAAGUGGUGGAGCAACACUAUUUCCAAGGGCUGUGGAGGCUAGAGGAGCUCCUUCUCUUCAAUAAUAAGAUCACACAGGUAGAAGCCGGCACAUUGACCAGUCUCAGCAGCUUAAAAAAGGCCUACUUCAGCCUCAACCAGAUCACAUACUUCCCGUUCUUCUCCAUUCAAGACCACAGUCAUCCUUUCCUGACCAUGCUGGACCUCUCGUCCAACCGCAUGACUCGUCUGCCAUGGGAAGAUGUGAAAGCUUUGCCUGGCUUGGUGCAGAGGGGGCUGUACCUCCACAACAACUCUCUGAUCUGCGACUGCUCCAUGUACAGUGUGUUCUGGCACUGGGAUUUGCGGGGUUAUGACUCCCUUAAGGACUUCACAGAUGAGCACACUUGUAGCAUCUAUGGGGACCCACGAGCGUCAAUCCGGUUCUUGCGACACAGCCGUUUCUUCCAUAACUGCACGGUGGAAAAAGCAGUGUCACAGCCCGUGACGGUGCUCCUCUCCAACGUGUUGGUUUCAGAGGGAGAAAGAGUACGUCUAGACUGCCAAACAACCCUCAGUAGCACAGACCUCUCAUUUACAUGGCUCUCCCCCAGCAAGGGGUACAUCACCCAGAGCAGCAUAAAUGACACGUUAAUUAGCCUCUUUGCUAAUGGUUCCUUGGAGAUCCAAGCAGCCAAGGUCAAUGACUCAGGUCUGUAUGUGUGCACAGCUCUGGAUAUUAAACAGGCACUGAAUGCAAGUCGGGAGGUGAAUGUGACAGUGUUACUGCAUGCAGCCGAGUCAUUCAACACCGGCUACACAACAUUGUUGGGCUGUGUGGUGACUAUGGUCUUCAUCCUCAUGUACCUCUACCUGACUCCGUGUCGCUGCAGCUGCUGCAAACAGCCCAAACCUCCAGUUAUACCCAUUGCAACCUACGAUCCCAGCACUCUCACUUCUGUUUUCUCCACCUCCGCAAGAGACCAGCACAAAAUCCAAACUAACAAGCAUGUAGCUUUCAUGGAGCCGAUGAUAGAUGAAGAAGGAACAGAAUGGACACCUGAAAGUUAAGGCUGAACAUUUUCUUCUCUUUUCCUUUGUUGAGGUGGAAACAAAAGACCUCUGCACAAAGCAAAACUUGCUGCUCAGGAAUUAGCUGUGAGAUGCAAUCAGAAGUGAGAGUUGUAAAAGGAAAAAAGAACAUUGUGUCUCUUUCCAAACUAUCAGUUGCAGUUAAAAGGUCUCCUGAACAAAAAAAAAAAAAAAAAAGAAAAGAAAGAAAGAAAAGCAAUAUCUUCUGUUCUCUUCUCUAUCAUCUGGCCCUGAAAUUGAAAGUUUCAACUUUGGUUUAUUACCCUCUGUGGAUUUGCUAAAUAACAGUAGAACCGUUAUCAGCCCUAAAAAUCAGCUAAUAACUUCUCUGUGUAAGGGGUAAUAUUUCUCACGGGUUCAGAGGAUGUAUCUUGGUCAUUUUUCACAGAAAGAGUUUAAUAAGGAUUAAAAACCCUAGAAAAAUGCUGCAAGUUUAUGACUGAAACAGGCUGUGGAAAGUAAGUUCAGCCUGCAUAUCGUAGUUGAGUUGAGUUACUCCAUAUUUAGUGUGGCACAGACAGACACAAGCGGUGAACUAGCUGAAGAUAACUGAAGAUAACUGACUAACCAUACAGCUCAUAUCUCGCACAAAAUGUAGCUUAAACAAGGAGCAACCUAAGACUCUUUCCUACCUCUGUUCCCCAUGUUUGUAAUAAAAGAUUUGGUCAUUUUGGACCAGUAGCCCCUUCUGCUGAUAUAGUUUUGGUUUAGAGGGCAAUUUUAGCAAAUCCAUUACUAUUAUAUAUAAAAAAAGAGAAUUAAGAUAUUGCAAGCAAAGCACUGAAUGUUUUUAUGCAGGACACCAUAGCUUUCAGCAAUUUAAAACUCUUAUCUUGCAGAAAACAGAGGUGCAUCCUGCAGUGAUCCAUUGUACAUAUACAUAUCUCAUAUAAACCUGUUGCAUUAAUCUGGCAGUGAAAAAACAAUGACUCUCUAUCUCUGCUAUGCUUAUCUGGCAAAUAGUGAAGUACAGAAAUCAGGAGUGUCAACAAACCCAAAACAAACAGCAAUUGGACCGCUCUUCAAAGACAGCAUCUCUUUGAUCACAUACAGCAGAGCACUUUGAACACUGUGGAGCAAACGCAACCGCAAAAAUUGAACUGAAGUGACAAGUACUUCAAGUAUAACUCUGGAUCAAACCCCAAGAGGGGCAUUACUUUGGAUAUAUAUCUUUUUUUUAAUUCACUGUAACAUGCCUCAAAUGAGAGAAUUACACACUGCAACACCACGGAUGAAAGAAGCUGUUCGAAGGAUCUGCACGCUCGCAAGAACACGUGUGUGGGACAUUAAGGAGGUGACAUGUAAGACCAAAGAGAGCAUAUGGGUCGUCGGGGAUGAAGGGAUAUUUAAAACCUGAUGAGGCAAACAGCAGCUUCAAAAGAAACAAAUCAAUUUCUUUAAAUCCAUGCAUCCAUGUUUUUAGAUUGUACUUUAAUCUUAAUGCAAACACAGGGUGGGACUAAGGAUUGCAUGGUGAUUGAAUAGGAUUAGAUGUAAUCCUUCAUAUAAUGUCAAAGAGAAGUUGUCAGCAACCACACUUCUCACAAAGGGGAGCAUGUUGUUAAAAGUGGAGCCUUUGAUUAUUUCUGAAUCCUUAAUUAAAACUUGACUUCUCUCAAGCCCGAGGAGGCCGUUAUUGUUGUGCAAGUUGAAAGCCAAUUCGCAGACAAAAAAAAAAAAAAGAGGAAAUCUAAAAUCAAAUGGGCAGCCGUGCAUGAAACUGGGACAGACUAGCUCUUUGACAGCACUGAGUGUCAUCACUAUUAAACUCUCAGGGAUUAAGCAAAAAAAAAUCUCUUAGAUGAAGA